AUGUUACUGAGCCUCAUCGUCACUGCGUGUCUGCUACAGGCCACACUAAUCUCCGGUGACACCAUUUCCGUAACCAAUGGUGGUCCUUGGGGAGACUGGGGAAUGACCGAAUACUGCCCUCCAGGAACCUAUGCAAGAGGCUUUAAUUUACUAGUAGAGAAGCCACAAGGACCUUUAGAUGACACAGCUCUUAACGGGAUUGAGCUUUAUUGUUCUGACCUUACCACUAUAUUCAAAAAAGGAACUAUAUCCUCAACUAAAGGAAGUUGGGGAGGUUGGACUGGAGAACGAUGGUGCCCCUCUGGGUAUCUCACCAGCUUUUCCCUGAGGGUUGAGCAACCCAUUGGCAUUGGAGACGACACUGCAGCAAACAACAUCCAAUUUCGGUGCUCCGAUCAAACUAUUUUGGAAGGAAACGGCGGAGUUUGGGGGGGCUGGGGAAGCUGGAGUGGCGCCUGCCAACUUGGAAUUUGCGGCAUCAAGACCAGAGUGGAAAAAGCCCAAGGAGCGGACGACGACGACACGUCUCUGAAUGACGUCAAGUUUGAAUGCUGUGAAAUCUGGUAA